AUGGCCGACCUUGAGGCGCUGAUUGAGUUUAUGAAAGUUGCGCAAGCCUCUCGAUGUUCCAAGGUGGCCGCGAUAACGUUUCUAGUGUGUGAUAUCUCUUAUACCACUGGCCCUGAAGCAAAGUUUAUAUGGAGGGCAAAAUGGAACUUGUCUAAGGUCGCCUACUUCAUUGGAAGGUACUGGGGCUUGAUCUACCUACUGGUCAACCUCGUAGUUGAGACAAACCGACAUACCCUCGAGGUACGGUUCUCCUAUAGCUCCAUUGAGAGUGUCUUUACCUCAUCUCCAUUAGUUGUAAGAUUCCAUGUCAUUUCCUCUUGCGAUAAGCCCGUUCAUAACCAUGCAGUUGUCGUCAUUACUUCCGCUGGUAUGGAAUGUAAGGCUGGAGAUAUCCUCUAUAUGACAACGGCCAACAUUAUAUCCAUUCUGAGAAUCUAUGCGCUCUACGGUCGAAGCAAGAAAAUCCUCAUUUUCUUUACCACCCUUGCAUGCGUGGAAUUCGCCUUGGAAUUCUACGUGUCCUGGUGGACAAUGAGCUGGACUACUAAGAGAGUUAUGGUAUUGCCAUUUCCUCAAGUUACCGGAUGUCUAUCCUCAACUCCGGACAUAACUCGAGCAUUGCUGGCAUGGAUUCCUUGUAUUAUCGUUGCGUUCAUGUUCUUUGCUUUCACAGUCGCAAGGUUUCGCGCGUCGGUGAUGGGGGCUUCGCCAGCAGGGUCCAACUUUAUCGCAAUGUUAAAGGACUCCGCGAAUUUCUCCCCCCUUCUCGCUAUCUUUACCAGGGAUGGUUCCAUCUACUUCUUCGCAAUGUUCGUAGCGUUGGUAACGGGCGCGACGAUUAACCUUUACCGAGUCGGAUUCUACUUCACCACGUACCACCCAUGGUCCAUUGUUAUUUUCUCAUGCGCGUGCUCACGACUAGUCCUCAACAUCCAUAUCUACGGGGGAAAGAGCGCUCCCGUUCUCACCACCGUCUAUGAAGAGCACAGCAUGCAGGCGAUCAACUUCCGAACUCAACCUCACUGGUCAGUUUCCGAUGGGGAUGCGACGCGUUACAAGCCCUGCGCGACUGUGUAG